AUGUUUAUUUAUUGGUUUCCACUUAAUUUAUAUCUGAAACUCAGGGGAGCAAUCGAAGAUCAAUUGACAACCCAACAUCAAUCAAUUCCAAGACAAAUCGAACUCAAGAUUGUUACAAAUGAAGUUUGUUAUGAAGACGAAUUUAUGGCAAGUUUAAUUUCAAGUCGCACAUUUUGUGCUAUCGGUGAAAAUGGAAGUGGACCGUGUAAAGGUGACAGUGGCGGUGGUUUAUAUAUGAAGGAUAAUUCUAAAUGGUUUAUCAAAGGAAUCGUUUCUUCUUCACUUUUUACUGAUGAAGGAAUGUGCGACGUUGAAAGUUAUUCAGUCUUCACUGAUGUUACAAAAUUUACAGACUGGAUAGAUGGAGAAAUAGAAGAUGAGAUUGGAAUAGAAGCCGAAGAUGGGAUGGAUGAUAUUGGAAAAACAGAUGGAUCUACGAUGAAAUGUGAAUUUGUUCUAGAGAGCGGUUGGAGAUAUCACUGCUACCCAAAAAACCUGCUUAUUCAACACCCUAAUGUUAAAAUAAAAACCAUGGUUGGAACGCAUUUAGGUAGACGUAAUAACAAUGAUGUUAGGGAGUUUUCUGGCAUAAACCAACAGACAUCCUUUUUGCCACUUGGGAUUUCAGAACUUUUCCCAAAUUUGAGAAGAUAUUGUUAUUUAAGCGGACGCUUGGAAAGCAUUCAAAGAAGCGAUUUUGGUGGAUUUGAGCUUUUGGAAAUUAUUGAUAUUGGUUUCAACAAAAUUUCUAAUAUUCCAGUAGACACGUUUUAUGAUUUACCGAAAUUAAUAGAAAUAAAUGUUCGCAAUAGUCGGGUUACUUCACUAGAUGUCGACUUAUUUAUAAACAAUCCAAAGUUAGAAAAAAUAAUUCUUGAAAACAAUGAUAUUGAAAUUCUUGAUGGACGUCUUUUUCGAAAAAAUAUAAACUUAAAAGAAAUUCUAAUGAAGAAUAAUGAACUCAAAAGCAUUGAUUUAGAAUUGUUUACACCACUGAAGAAACUGACAGCCAUCGACUUCCUUGACAACGUUUGUAUCUCGCAGCAUUUUCCUAAAUCGAUGAAUUUGACAACACUUGAAGAAAGGAUUAAGAGGAAUUGUAGUUAUGAGUAA